AUGGCCCUUCUGGCGGAGGCAAAGCGGAUCUCCGCGCUAUUCGAAUUCUCGGAUGAUGAUGUCAGAAAUGCAGUGGUAGAAUUCGUUACGGAGAUGAAUGAGGGCUUGGAGAAGAAUGGCACGACUUUGAGUCAAAUUCCUACCUUUGUUACUGGCGUGCCAAACGGAACAGAGAAGGGUCUUUACUUGGCCGUUGAUCUUGGUGGAACGAAUUUCCGAGUCUGCUCCAUUCAGUUGCAUGGAGAUACCACCUUCACCCUUACCCAGUCCAAGGUAGCUAUCCCCAAGGAGCUCAUGGUGGCCGAAACCGCCAAAGAACUCUUUGCUUUCCUUGCAAAGCAAGUCGAAUUGUUCUUGAAGUCACACCACGAAGAGCAUUUCGAAGGGAGGGUAGAACGUCACCAGACGCCCGGUACCCCAACAGGGUACGAAGAAGAGUCUAUCUUCCGUCUCGGCUUCACAUUCAGUUUUCCUGUGCACCAGACCGGAAUCAAUAGUGGUACCCUGAUUAGAUGGACCAAAGGCUUUGAUAUUCAGGAUGCAGUCGGGAAAGAUGUUUGUGCCUUGCUACAAGAGGAGCUAGACCUUCUGAAACUGCCCGUUAAAGUGUCAGCUCUUGUCAAUGAUACCGUGGGAACACUCAUGGCACGAUCAUAUACGGCUCCAGGGAAAACCGAUACUCUUUUAGGCGCAAUAUUUGGGACUGGUACUAACGGUGCCUAUGUUGAAACUAUGUCUAAAAUCAAAAAGCCCCUAGAGGGCGCAUACGACUCUACCACUGGCCAAAUGGUUGUCAACACCGAAUGGGGCUCCUUCGACAAUGGGCUGAAGGUGCUCCCCAAUACUAUAUAUGACCAGAUUCUAGACAAGGAGAGUGUUAACCCCGGCAUCCAAAUGUUCGAAAAACGUAUCUCGGGCAUGUUUUUGGGGGAGAUCCUCCGUAUUGUCCUCGACAUAAUGAUGGGCAAUUCUAAAAACCCGUUUUUUACAGAUAAGGAUUCCUCGUCAAACGAUUUUGGAUCCACAACCGUCAUUGACGACAAUGCGCCCCUCAAGCAACAGUGGGCAGUUGACAGCAGUAUCCUAUCAGUAGCACAAUCUGACAACUCCGUCGGCCUAAGAACUUUGCGUCAAUUCAUUGAGAAAGAUCUCGGGGUCCAGGCACCGAGCCUGGAAGACGCACAAGCUGUAAAGGAUAUCGCUCACGCCAUCGCGAAGCGGGCAGCUCGAUUGGCAGGCGUUGCUGUAGCUGGCAUCAUUCUCCACACCGGUCGACUCGACCCCAAAGGCGGCCCAGAAGAUAUUGUUGAUAUUGGCGUGGAUGGCAGUCUGGUGGAAUUCUAUCCCGGAUUCGAGGAUUAUAUGCGUGAGGCCAUGAGGGCCGUGGAUGGUAUUGGCCAUGCUGGCGAGAAGAGAAUCCGCAUUGGAAUUGCUAAGGAUGGGUCGGGUGUUGGAGCUGCUUUGAUUGCGCUUGUGGCAGCGAAACUAGAAGCUACUGGAAUCACUGCAUGA